CAAGUGGUGCUGUCGUUUGUGGCACGUUUCACUGUAGCUCAUAACUUUUUUCUUCGCUUUUUGCCUCAUAUUUAAGCGGAUGCAGGCGGUGGGUCCCAGAGCAAUUCCAUUUCUACGCCCGUCGUCGAUGGUUUACCGAAAUCCGCACUCUUAAUCCAAUUAAACGCCGUCGACUAAAAAUAUACAAAAAAAAAACACGCACAAGCAAAACAAUGCAUUUGCCCCAAGGAGCAUUGAGCUUUCUGUUCAUCACUUGCAUGAUGUUCGUACUGGCAGGCGGCCAUCCAUCAAGCGACAAGCUGAAGAUCCGAAUUCACGUGCCGGUGAAGCACCACACACAUGUGCACACGAAGACGGUCAUUAAGAAGGUUCCGUUGCCCAUUCCGGUGCCGGUCAAGGAACACCACCACGAGCCGAAGAAGCACCACAGCAGCCGCAGCCACCACCACCACCACCACCACGAGGACGACCAGGACGACGAUUUCGAGGGCUACGAGUACCCCAUCAAGGCCAAGCGGCGCACGCGGCAUCCCUUUGUCUGAGCCCGAGCACAGACCAACCAAUCACCCACCCAACCACCCACUCCGCCCACUCAGCGGGAAAAAUGAAAUCAAAUGAAAUACAAUUUACGCAGAUUAAGAUGAAAAUAAACCAAAAUACGAGGCAGCUUGGGUAAGCUGCGCAAGGAGAGGCCAAGAAAACAUAACUGAGCAACAAAAACGCAAUCCUGGGUCCGAUUUGUCACUGUUUUUAGUGCGUAAGAGUAGAACGUAAAAUAAAGAGAGAACCCUUAGAUUUAAGUAAACAUUUCAGUGCAAUAAAAUACACAAAAAUUACACUUAAGCACAAUUUAAA